AUGUUAAUUUCUUACCAAGCAAAUAUUAAUGAAUGUAACAGUUGCGGAUAUACUCCUCUGUUAUUAGCCUGUCAAAAUAAUCAUGUUGGUAUAAUAAAAUUGUUAAUUGAAAACAAAGCAGACAUUAAUGAGAGUAGUAAUAGUGAAACAUCUCCACUGUGUGUGGCUUGUCAAAAGAAUAACAUUGAUAUAGUUCAGAUCAUGCUUGACAAUAAAGCAGACAUAAAUAUGUGUGAUGAUGGUGGAGAAUCGCCCUUACUUGCUGCCUGUGAAAGGGGAUAUUUUGAUAUAGUAGAGCUUUUACUGCGUCACAAAGUAGACAUAGAUAAAUGCUUAGAUGGUCUGCAAUCUGCCUUACAUAUUGCUUGUCAAUAUAAUCAUGUAGAUAUAGUGAAGCUGUUGCUAGCAAACAAUGCAGACAUAAAUAAGUGUCCAGAUAAUGGGGAAUCUCCAUUGUUUGUUUCUUGUCGAUAUAAUCAUGUCGAUAUAGUAAAAGUGUUACUGGAUAACAAGGCAGACAUAAAUAUGUGUAGAGGUAGUAUUUCUCCUAUAUUUGCAGGUUGUCGUGAAGGUCAUACAGAAAUAGUUAAAAUAUUACUGGAAAAAGGAGCAGAUAUCAAUACUUGUGCAAGUGAAGACGGACUUAAUUUUACCACACCCAUGCAAAUAGCCACUCAAAAAGGACACAAUGAUAUAGUGACUUUGAUUCUUAAAUAUUCCAACAUGUAA